GGAGUUUUAAGAACAAUGCAUUUCACUUGGAAAAAUAUUGAUGAUUCUUGUUGGGUGCAAACAACCAAAAGAGCGGAUCCCAAUGAGCUACGGAACAUAUUUUUGCAGGAACUAGAAGCUAAGGCAGAAGUGGACAGACUUAAGCUCCAACUCAAGAGAAUAAAAGAACAACAGGAACUGUAUCAUUCUGGAAAGCCAGCUCCUCUCAACAGCAAAGAUGGGGAUAUAAUCUGUCCAGUUUGUAACAAUGUUGCCAGCAACUGUUUAUCACACUGGAGCCAAUACCCUCCCAAGGCGGGCUCAUGGACCAUGAAGCUGGAGAAGGCACCUCUGUAUACCACUGUUGAGAAAGAUGGAGAGCAUUACAUGACACCAGGAGAUUUUGUGCAGAGAUACCUAGGACUAUAUACAGACCCAAAUUAUAAUCCUGAAACACUGCAACUAUUGGCGGGAGUAGCAGAUCAAACAAAGGAUGGGUUGAUCUCCUAUCAAGAGUUUUUGGCAUUUGAGUCAGUUUUGUGUACUCCAGAUGCAAUGUUCAUUGUUGCUUUUCAGUUGUUUGACAAGAGUGGCAAUGGAGAAGUGACAUUUGAAAAUGUCAAAGAAAUUUUUGGACAGACCAUUAUUCAUCAUCAUAUCCCUUUUAAUUGGGAUUGUGAGUUUAUUCGACUGCAUUUUGGACACAACAGGAAGAAGAAUCUUACCUACUCGGAGUUUACACAGUUUCUGCAGGAGCUACAGUCAGAACAUGCAAGACAAGCCUUUGCACUGAAAGACAAAAACAAAACUGGUAUGAUUACUGGACUGGACUUUAGUGACAUCAUGGCUACCAUUCGUUCACAUAUGCUUAGUCCGUUUGUGGAAGAAAAUCUAGUUUCAGUAGCAGGUGGAACUAUUUCACAUCAGGUCAGCUUCUCCUAUUUCAAUGCUUUUAAUGCCCUGCUGAAUAACAUGGAACUCGUUAGAAAGAUAUACAGUAUUAUAGCAGGUACAAGGAAAGAUAUUGAAGUCACAAAAGAGGAGUUUGCCCAGGCUGCAAUCAAAUUUGGACAAGUCACACCGCUGGAAAUCGAUAUUCUCUACCAGCUUGCAGACUUAUACAAUGCUACAGGGCGUUUAACUUUGGCAGAUAUUGAGAGAAUAACACCACUGGCUGAAGGUGCCUUGCCUUACAACUUGGCAGAACUCCAGCGGCAGCAAUCUUAUGGCGGUAUGGGCAGGCCUAUCUGGCUCCAAGUAGCAGAGUCUGCUUACAGGUUCACUUUGGGCUCAGUUGCUGGAGCUGUGGGUGCCACUGCUGUGUACCCCAUAGACCUGGUGAAGACACGAAUGCAGAAUCAGCGCUCCUCUGGUUCAGUUGUGGGAGAAUUGAUGUAUAAAAAUAGCUAUGACUGUUUUAAAAAAGUUUUGCGUUAUGAAGGAUUUUUUGGGCUUUACAGAGGCUUGUUACCACAGCUUAUAGGUGUUGCUCCAGAAAAGGCCAUUAAGCUCACAGUUAAUGAUUUUGUCAGAGACAAGUUCACUCAGAGAGAUGGUUCCAUUCCAGUAUUUGCAGAGAUCCUUGCUGGAAGUUGUGUAAGUAUCAGUCCUGUGUCGUUCAUACCUAUUUUUUUUGGUGCAAAAGCGUGUUUCCUCCGAGACAUUCCCUUUUCUGCAAUCUAUUUUCCUGUUUAUGCUCACAGUAAACUGAUGCUUGCUGAUGAAAAUGGCCACGUGAGAGGGCUUAAUCUCCUUACAGCUGGUGCCAUUGCAGGUGUGCCUGCUGCUUCCUUGGUAACCCCUGCUGAUGUCAUCAAGACAAGACUGCAAGUGGCAGCUCGCGCUGGUCAGACAACAUACAGUGGAGUUAUUGACUGUUUUAGAAAGAUACUUAGAGAAGAAGGCCCUUCGGCUUUUUGGAAGGGAGCUAUAGCUCGAGUGUUCAGAUCUUCACCUCAGUUUGGUGUUACGUUAGUGACCUAUGAACUUCUGCAACGAUGGUUCUAUGUUGAUUUUGGAGGAAUCAAACCCUCUGGAUCAGAACCUACCCCAAAAUCUCGAAUCUCAGACCUUCCUCCUGUUAAUCCUGACCACAUAGGUGGAUACAGACUUGCUACAGCUACAUUUGCUGGCAUAGAAAACAAGUUUGGGCUUUAUCUUCCAAAAUUUCGAUCUCCUGAUGUUGUUUCAGUUCUACCAAAAGUAGCAGCUGAAUCCUGAGAUGACCUUUCAGCCUAGUAUAAUGACGCCAUGAAAAAAAAAGUUGGAGCGCAGUACUGUAUCUAUCCAGUCAGCUGCAUGUUGCUCUUGCUGAACUGAGAAUUCAAGUCAAAUCACUCCUAUCUAUAUGAUAUACGAUAUGCAUUUAUUUGUUUCUAAAUUAAUCAUUUGCACACAAGAAACGGAUUGAAGCUUUAGUUCUGCAUUGAUUUCUUUUUCCUAACCAGUGGCAUGAACCAGUAACCUUGACUUGGCUUUGCACAGCUUGCACUUAAUGUUACUGUACAUAUUGUACAUCUUUGUACAGAGACAUCACGGCAUCUAUACACUAUUACAUUUCUAUAAUGGGGAUGUGGUUCGAAGCAGUUUGAAAUGUACAGAAUGUUUUGAAGGUGUUUUUAUUAAGAAUCAUGUGACAAUAAAAUAUAUUUAAAGUCA